UUUAGCCAUCUGUGAUAGAUGUGAUCUAUAGCACGUUUUAAGUUUUAUUGUGUGAAACAAGUAGAUCUAACGUGGAAAUAUUAGUGUGGCCUGUUUGUGUGAUUCAUAUUUGAUGCUGUGGUUUUCCUGUGAACAAGUUUGGCAAAGUGACAAGCACAUCAAAGCCCACAUAGUCAAGACAUACAACACACAAUCUUCUCUCUGGACAGUCUUAGUGUUCAGUUUCAUCAUGGCUGGAUGCCUGCUGUUUGUCAUCCUCGUGUAUUCCUUUCUUGAGAUUCAAGCACAAGCUCUUCUUCCACCUAAACUGACAGUGAAUCCACCAAUGAUCACAGAGACAGACUCAGUCACACUGAACUGUCAGACUCCGUCAUCUGUCUCUGUCUCUCAGUGUUAUUUCUACACUUUAAGUGGAGGAACGGUCAGAGUCUUCUCAUGUCUGCAGACACUGACAGGAAUCGAGCUGCUGAAGAUGGCGUAUAAGAGUUCACCUGUUGAGGUUGAAGUGAAAUGUUACUAUACUGUAAAGGUUGGAGAGUUAAAGUCUCAUUCUCCAAACAGUGACACAUCGUCCAUCACCAUACACCAUAUUGUGGAAAGUAAGUCAAGCAUUAUCCCGACAAUGCCAACAUUUAGUAUGACCAAAGGUAGGACAUUGUAUGCAUUAAGGUUGCAGUCCUGA